UUCCGAUGUCGGCCUAGCCAGCGAGCUAACUGGGGUUACUAGCAAGCGGCUAACUCAAGGAGGACCUAUCGACCCACACCUCCCAGGCAAGACGGCCCGUAUGUUUGACAUUAGAUGCCCGCGUUACCUGCUGUUCGUGGUGACGGUUUAGUUUAAAGUAGCCGUAGUUAUCUCGUCAGUGAGAGCUAUUCGAAGAAGCGAGUGUAAAGCUAGCACGGUAUACAAGUAUUGCAAGCUAACUCGCUUAGCUGUGGUUAAGGACUGAGCGGUGUCGCAAAAAAAAACUUUCGAGGCUUGGGACACCCAACAGCUCACAGAGCCCAUGAAUGAGAGAAGACAAUUGGACAAAGCAAAGGACUAAAUGGAUCUGACAACCUAACUUCAUAUCUGCACAUGGCUUUAUUUAAGAGAUGCAAAAUGGGAAAGGAAGUCUGUCUGCAGAGAAUUUGGAGGCUUCAACGGUCUCUACAUGUAGCCUCCCCCAAGUGCAGUGACUCCUCUGUGACGUACACAGAGCAUCUUUUUGGAAUGAGUUGAUUUUGUCCCCAUACUGGCACAAAGACUGAAGGCAGGGGGUGUCAAGAGAUCCAGGGGACUCGGCUUUGGUUUAUUUUUCUUUUAAAGGCAAGGCUAGACAUAAUGAAAACUUUUGGUUGUUUAUAGCAGCCUUUUAAAAUAAAUUCCAGCUGGACUUUUGGUUGCUAUCAAGCCACUACCCUCAACUGGUUUGAACAAUAAUUUGUUUUCGUGUUUUUUCGCCGUCUGUUUAAAGUUUAAAAUGCUGGCGUUGUUGCCCCUGCUGUAAUCCUCAGUUUCUUCCACCUACCCAGUGCCUGAAUAAGCACCAACCCCCCCCCCCCCCCCCCGGGACAAUCACAGAACUCAUCAACAGCUGCUCAGCUCUAUUCUCUGCCUGUGUUCCUCCACGUGCUUCUGCUCUCAGCCUGCUGGCUAUCCACAUACUACCUCUUUGAUUUCUGGGUGUUUUCUUUUUAUCUUCCUUAUUUUCUGUGUGCAUUAUUAAAACACUAGCAUAGUGAUGAGCAUUAAUUCAAUUCAAUUCAAAUUAUGUAAGCACACAACGUUGGAUUGGAGAGAAACCUAGAUUGCGCCAAUUUUAGUUGCAAUUGUAUAUGCACAACAGUGUUUGGGUUGCACUGGUGCCACAGAGCAUCUUAAGAAUAGAUUUAUUUAUAUUUUUGCACCAAAUACAGUUACAUCUAAGCCAUACAAAACAAUAUUUAUAAUCAACACAUAUUUUUGUAUCACAUUGCUUUAUAUAGUUUUACUUUUUUUAUGCUUCUUAUAAUAUCAUGCACACACAUUUACAAAAAUCUACACACAUGCAACUAGAGGAGUAUAUUACUUAAAAAAUUAAAAAAUUUUUUUGAGUAAUUAUAUUAGUGCUAGGAGAUUAGUAUCUACUGAGUUGCUGCUUUCCAUAGUGUUAGUUUUCCUAUCCAGUGUGUGGUCAUGGCCCUUCCUCCCAAACAAACGCCAUAUUUGCCAUUGUGACCUGUAAAGCACACUUAACAGGAGGUAGGCGGUAGAUAUCUACCUCUCUCUCUCUCUCUCUUCCUCCCCUCUGUCUCUGUGUCUGAUGCCGGGCUUCAGCAGUGGGGGGAUUGGGGGAGGAGUGGGUGGCCCCGCUUCUACUCCUCCCCGUUCAAUACGACCAAGCCGAUAUGUUCCAGUGUCUGCAGCCACCACUUUCCUUGUUGGAUCCACCACCCUGUUCUUCUGCUUCACGUGCCCAUGGUUGUCUGAGUACUUCUCCUCUGUCAUUCCCAUCUACAUUGCUGUGAUCUUCCUCUUCACCCUCGCCAACUUUUACAUGGCUACUUUCAUGGACCCAGGAGUAUUUCCCAGAGCGGAGGAGGAUGAGGAUAAAGAGGAUGAUUUUCGCGCUCCGCUCUAUAAGACAGUGGAGAUCAAAGGGAUCCAGGUGCGCAUGAAGUGGUGUUCAACCUGCCGCUUCUAUCGCCCACCACGGUGCUCUCACUGCUCAGUCUGUGACAACUGUGUGGAGGAUUUUGACCACCACUGUCCUUGGGUGAACAACUGCAUUGGUCGAAGGAAUUAUCGCUAUUUCUUCCUUUUCCUGUUAUCUCUAACCACCCACAUCAUGAACGUAUUUGGAUUUGGUUUGGUAUUUGUUCUACACCACCGUCAGCAGCUGGAUACGCCACAUGCUGCGGUUACUAUGGCUGUAAUGUGUGUGGCUGGUCUGUUUUUUGUCCCAGUCGCUGGCCUGACUGGGUUUCACAUAGUGCUUGUUGCUCGCGGCAGGACCACAAAUGAACAGGUGACAGGAAAGUUUCGGGGUGGUGUUAACCCUUUCACCAAUGGUUGCCUGAGGAAUAUUUCUUAUGUGCUCUGCAGCUCCCAGGCCCCUAGGUACGUGGGCAGGUGGCGGAACCCUCAAUCAGUGGAAAUACAGACACCGUUUCUUAGACCGCCUCUCACUGAGGCCCAACUUGAAGCCAAGAUCCUGGAUAAUGGCAUCCAGAAUGACCGACACAGUGCCAGGUCCAAGAGCAGUCUAGAUCAGAUGGAGAGCCAGUCAGCUGAUGCAGAGCCUCCACCUCCUCCAAAGCCAGAACUGCGUUACGCUGGCCUGCCUCGUGCUGACACAGAGGAGAGCAGUUUGUUGACUGAAGCUCCACCUACACCAUCAAUGUAUAAGUACCGACCACCCUACAACAGCCCAGGAAGGAACAACACUGCGCUCACACACCCCAACAAGAUGAUUCGUGGAGAGAGUCUUGACUCUCCAUCUCCCUCUAUCCUCCAAUCCAGCCGCCAGCCUAGCUAUCGCUCAGAGCCAAGCAGCCUAGAUGGGGUCACGAUGGUGGGGGGAGGUAUAGGUGCGCGCAGAGGGGGAGGGGAGAGGGGUGAGGGCCCCGGAGGCCCUGUCGGGCCUGCUGGGGGGGUGUCGGCGGGCAUGUCGGGUUACUCCCUGACUGGCCGCUCCUACACCUCCUACCCAUCCUCACUCGUUCUGUCCACUGGUGGCUCGCGGUCCUCCAGCCUGCGCUCAGCGCACCCAGCUCAUAACCCUCUGUCCACGCUCCAAUCAGAAGGCACUACAGACACCAGCUACAAAAGCCUGGCCAAUCAAACACCUCGGAAUGGCAGCCUGUCCUAUGACAGCCUACUGACACCAUCCGAUAGCCCAGAGUUUGAGUCAGCCGCCCAUGAGCUGUCACCGCAGAAGCCGUAUGCUCCGUUUCCCUCGGCACCUAUAACAGACCGCCAUGAGGUGGUGUUGCCCAGUACCCCGCUGCAGGGCUACAUGUCGCCCUUCCUCUCAGCUCAGAUCGCCCAGCAGAGGGAGGGGCAGCUACUCCAGGGCUCUGCCACUUUCUCCUCCCCUCACAGGGCCUACCUGCGUGCCAUCAGCCCUCCCCCUCCUUCCUCCGUUGGGCCUCCUGAGACCCAGCACCUGCUCCUGCAUAACCAGGAAAACUCUGCCCGAGGCCUUCGUAACCCUUCCUCCUCAUCCUCAUCCCCUGGGGCUCGUUCACAAGAAUCCCCUCUCUCUCCACCACCUCGCAGCCUCUCUCUGGGCAAGUCUCAGACUUACACUGUAGAGGCAGGGCAUCAGCACAAACCUCGACCUGCAGGAGGAGGCACUGUGCUGGGAGGGGGAGGAGCCGGAGGAGGGCAACAGGCUCCACAAACCACUCACCUCCACAUCCCUUUUUUCCUUCUGUCCUCGCACCGACCUGCCUCCCCCCACACACUCCUCCCCUUCCCUUCCUGAUGGCUGUCCAAUCAGAUUCACCUCUCGCCCAGUCUCGGCCAAUCACGCCACAUCCAAACCAGGGGGCGGGGUGAAGAAGGUGACUGGAGUCGGAGGGACCACUUAUGAGAUAUCGGUUUGAGUGACGGGCUUCCUCCAUGACCUAUCAGGGGGGGAGACAGUUACUGGACUACUUCCACUUGCCUCUUCAUUGAGCUGGACUUCCUCCACAAACGUGGGCUUCUUAAAAACAACAGUUUUCCCGCUGUAACGGGCUAAAGGAGCAUUUGAACCUCAGUUUGUUGUCUUUGUGACGCCAAUGGCUCUUCGCCUUUGCCGACCUCUCAAAUUUGAACAAAGAGGAAAUGGACAGUGGACACUUUUUACCAGAAUCAUUUUGUCUCCUUUCAGCCACUUUGUGAGCCAUAGACUGAUGUGACUGCAUCAUCACAGCUGUGUACAGAUUUGUCACACAGCUGUUCACUGAUUUUUCUGUUUUACUUUGGUACAUUAGAACAGUACAAAGUACUGACUGUAGUCUCUUCCACUUAAAGAAAGGAUGGCCUUUAUCCAGUGGAUAUCAAAUUAAAGUGGGAGGAUUAAGGACCAUUGAAGCAAGUGAAACGCCUUUUCCACUGUCUGGACGGACCACACAGCCUGUUGAUGGGAGUGUCAUGGAGAAAAGAGUCCAACCUAUAAACACAGUAUCAUUUAGUUUUAUAAAUCUUUUUAAAAAUAUUGUUUUAUAUACAUGUAUAAAAUCUUACAGAUUAUUAUUGGGUCAGAUUGUCAGCUAUUGACGACGGUGGCAGAUGUACUGUGUGUAAUUAUUCAUGAAAGUGAUUUUAGAUCAGUUGCCUAUCUAUAUUUGAUGGCUGCAUCAGCCAAUCAUGAGCUCUUGCUGGAACUUUCAUUGUCCAAAGAGAUGGAUGACCCUCUGUUGACCGCUAAUGUGGCAAAUUAUUGAGCUGAUUUAAAAAAAAAAAAAAAAAAAGGCCACAGAAAUUUCCGAAUCAUGAUUCCAGCACAAGUAUCUUUGUGGAAUGUAAACUUGUAAUGUUGAUGCUAGAGUCAUUAUGCAAAAUCAGUUUGUAGCUUUAAGAACAUUUCAUGUUUAUUUGGUGUUUGUUUUUUUCUGUGAUCCUCUGUCUGUCAGUAGAGACACAAGCGGAAUCUUUAAAAGACGGUUAGCCAGAUAGAGGCAGCGUGGGAAGGGCUUAUUUAUUUCACCAGACAAAACAACCAUAUAGUUCUGGACAUAGUUUCAAACCUGUCCCCAUCAGUUUGGUCUUUUUUUCCUGAAAGAAAAGUUUAUGAAUGAAAUUGUAAAUGCAAUAUGCCACUGGAAAGUUUCGAGGAGUGACUGGCAAUCGUUUUAUUUGCCUUGAGACCAUUCAUAGAGAAACAGUUAUAUAUUUUUUUUACAAUCUUCUGAGGACGGGCCAACUUGUUAAUUUUUAGUUUUUUUUCCCUAAAGGUACAAAUAUUUUUUACCCUCAUGUUCAGAAAUGAAUAAUUAAAGGAAAUGGGGUGAUGCGAGCUUGUCCUCCAGGAUGAGGCAUUGCACUCAAAGGUGUGUUUAAUUUUAUCUUAUAUCCAGGCCCACAGCAGUGUCUGCAGCAGGCCUAAUCGGGCUUUGUACCUUUAUUCAUUUUCAGCCCCUGUUCCCUCCCCAAGGCUUUGUCUACAGCGUGCAUGUGAUUUUUGGUUUGUGGUGCUGAAUGCUUCACUAGUGUGCAUACCCGUGAGAAUAUUGUCAAAUGUCUACCUGGUCCAUGUGGGGGUGGUGUAAUGGCACCAGCAGCCAUCGUACAGAGAUAAAGAGAACAGUGUUACUUUCUUCCUUCUCUGGUCAAAUAUGGUGACCAUUGAACAAUUUGAAGCGAUGUGAGAAAAGUAAGUAUACUUCUGUGCGAGAUGAAAUAUCACUACUGUGGGCUGUGAUGAAUGGAAGGAGUUUCACAAAUAUCUAAUGAGUACAUUAAAGACAUUUCUAAAAAUGGCCUUAUCAAGAAUUUCUAAAAGUCUUCUCGGAAUAAAUGGUCAAUCUGAUGAAAAACCAAGCA